CGGCCGUUGGAGCGGGCCGGCGCCAUGGUGGAGGAAGUGCAGAAGCAUUCUGUGCACACUCUGGUGUUCAGAUCAYUGAAGAGAACCCAUGACAUGUUUGUAGCUGAUAAUGCCAAGCCUAUACCACUAGAUGAAGAAAGUCACAAAGUGAAGAUGUCAGUCAAGCUGCGUACAGAGUACGGCUCGGUGUUGCAUAUGCCCACCCUGAAGGAAAACUUGAGGGAGAAAGGAGGCGCAAAYGCUGGGGAUCCUUAUGGACAUAAACAAUAUUCUGGAAAUCAAGGACAGGAACUUGACUAUGUGAUAACUGGUACACAUCCAUACCCACCUGGGCCUGGUGUGGCGCUGACAGCAGAUACUAAGAUUCAGAGGAUGCCUAGUGAAUCUGCAGCCCAGGCAUUAGCUGUAGCACUUCCUCCAUCUCAGUCCAGGUUGGAUGCGAAUCGCACCGCGGCUGGCGUGGGUGACAUCUACAGGCAUGCGGGAAUGGCCGAGCGCUCGCAGCCUCCUGGCGUGGCCAUGGCUGUAAUGGAAGCAGGUGGAAACAAAAAUUCAGCAUUAAUGGCAAAGAAAGCACCAACCAUGCCCAAGCCUCAGUGGCAUCCACCUUGGAAACUGUACAGAGUUAUCAGUGGUCAUCUGGGCUGGGUGAGAUGCAUUGCAGUAGAACCAGGAAAUCAAUGGUUUGUUACUGGCUCAGCUGACAGAACUAUAAAGAUUUGGGACCUUGCUAGUGGCAAAUUAAAAUUGUCUUUGACGGGACACAUCAGUACUGUGCGAGGGGUGAUAGUAAGUGCAAGAAGUCCGUACCUGUUCUCUUGUGGAGAAGACAAACAAGUGAAAUGCUGGGAUCUUGAAUACAAUAAGGUCAUCAGACAUUAUCAUGGUCACCUAAGUGCUGUCUAUGGUUUGGACUUGCAUCCAACAAUAGAUGUACUGGUGACAUGUAGCAGAGAUUCAACAGCACGAAUAUGGGAUGUGAGGACAAAAGCCAGUGUGCACACGCUGUCAGGGCACACAAAUGCAGUUGCAACAGUGAAGUGUCAAGCUCCAGAACCACAAAUUAUUACAGGCAGUCAUGAUACUACAAUAAGGCUCUGGGAUUUAGURGCAGGAAAAACUCGUGUUACUUUAACAAAYCACAAGAAAUCUGUAAGAGCAGUUGUACUACAUCCAAGACAUUACACAUUCGCAUCUGGUUCUCCAGAUAAUAUUAAACAAUGGAAAUUCCCAGAUGGAAACUUCAUUCAGAACCUCUCUGGUCACAAUGCUAUUAUCAACACACUGGCUGUAAAUUCAGAUGGAGUUUUGGUUUCAGGAGCUGAUAAUGGGACUAUGCAUCUUUGGGACUGGAGAACUGGAUAUAAUUUCCAGAGAGUACAUGCAGCAGUACAGCCAGGCUCUUUGGACAGUGAAUCAGGAAUAUUUGCUUGCAUUUUUGACCAGUCAGAAAGCAGAUUGCUAACUGCCGAAGCUGAUAAAACCAUAAAAGUGUACAGAGAAGAUGAAACUGCUACUGAAGAAACUCAUCCUAUCAGCUGGAAACCUGAAAUUAUCAAGAGAAAGCGAUUUUAAUAUGGCUACAUAUGUACACUAUAACUUCGUUUUGGCUUUUCUGAAAGUAUUCAGUCAUGCUAUGUCUUUCCUAGAACAGCAUAGCAGGAACUCAGCUAAAGUCAUUGCUUUUCCAACAUGUUUUAUAAUAAAUUUUAUUUCACUUUGUUUUUGUCUUUUUUGGUAUGAUCCCAGCACAGAAAUUGCAGCUCUUAACUCCUUCACCUUUUAGAGCAUUUAUAAUUCAUGAAAAGGAUAGCUGGUUCUUGACUGUGUGUGCAGGUGGUUAUUUGAUAUUUUUAUAUACACACUGAGUGUAAGUCUAAAAGUACUAUGUUGAGCCAGAUUUUGUGGAAGACCUUUUCCUGACUGCAGAAGUUAAUUGUAGAUUCAUGCAUAGACACAAUCCAAUGGCAAUUUUUGAGUAAUAUUUUUAAGUUGUAGGCUACUAUUCUUUAUAAAUGCUAAGCAUCUACUGUAAUAGAACAGUAUGUAUACUAAAUUAUGGAAUAAUGGAAUAAUCAAGGAAGAGCAGAGCUAUGUAAUAAUAAUGUGCUUUGCUUAGUAAAGAUACUGAGCAUUAGUGGAGUUCUGUUAUUGCAUUUUUGACUUAGGGAUAUUGAAAUAUUGACUUUCAAAGUGCUUCUGUCUAUAGAAAUGUUUUCCUAAACAAUUCCUCCUCUUUACUGGUUUCAUUUCAAUGUAGGCUUUGAAYAGCAAGGGCCACUGUUAAAUUGUAUGGUUUACAGUAAGCACCAGGUUUGGACCAGUUGAUUUUACCUUUCUAAGUCAUCUGUGUUUUGUUUUUAUUCCAGUUAUCCAAAGCAUGUGUGACAUUAUAGAUUGUAGGAAACUUCUGAAGCUGCUUUAAAAGCUCUUAAGUCAUUCCAGUCUUGAUUGUAUUUGUGGCUGCUUCCCCACUACCAUAUUAAGAAUUUUAAAAAUGUUAAAGACAAUGUUUCUGGAGGGGCAAAAACUUUGCUUGCAAAACAGUCAUGUAAUAGGUAAUAACCACCUAAGCCUCCUUGCUGCAGCCUCUCGGUGAAGCUAGUGCUGUGCUGAGGCCCUUUCUUUUGCCUGGGAGGAAAAGCAGGAGUCAUUCAGCCAUUCAGUUGUUGACAAUGUUGCUGACUUGGCUGAUAGCUCAGAGGCGAGUUUCAUACUGGGUAAACAUAAUUGUUUUGCGGACACUGGGUUGAUAGUAACCAUUUCUGCUUUUUGCCAGUCUGACACCUCUUUCCAAAGCUGUUAAUCAUGUUAGAGAAAUUGUGCAGUUUGCUGAAAGUGCCUGGUAUGCCCCAUUUUGGAUACUUGCAGUGUAACUUAACAAAAUCUUGUGCAACUCGGUGUUGAUCAUAUAAGUUUAUUACUCCCAUUAUUUUUUUUUUUUUUAUGAUGCACAGGAAUGCUGUCACAUAAAUACUGUAAUUAAAAUUUAAAUGUUUGAUAUUUUUUUAAAAGAGUUCAUGGUGCAUAACUGAAUUCUGUUUGAAAGCUGACUGUCAAAUUGUCAAGCUGCAUUGACUAAAACAUCUUCACAGAAUGCAUUUGCACAUACUGACUUGUUUGUUGCUGUUCUCCAGUAUAUGUUAAGUUUUGCCUUUCAGAUCACUAUAUUUCAGAACAAAAAGAAAAGAAAACGGGAGUGGUGAUGUUUUUAGAAUUCUGAAAAGUAUAAAAGCCCCCCACAAAAUUGUGAAAAAAGUAUUUUCUUUAAAGGGGUGCAUUCAACUAUAGUAGUUUAAAUUUGCUUCUAAGAAACGCCCUAGAUGUUUUCAAGACUCUGUGUGUUUUGUUUUUCCGUUUGCUAUGUAGAAGUGUUGUUGCAGUGGGGAGGAGAGGGCAGGCAGACCACAGUGCCCUGCACGGAUUCCCCUUUAGCCUGCUUCUGCCCAUCGACCUUGCCUGCUGUCCUUACUCAUAGGGCCAGGUUUCUUGCCAUCUCAGAGCAUGGAGAAAAGUAGGCA